GUACUAUCGUACCGGUAUCGAGGUUCAGAAAGGAUUCGAAUCCGUCUCAGGCUGCAAGACCUGUAACUGGACGGGAAGAGCCAUAAGGAUCGGUGGAGGCUAUCAAUGGUCAGACGUGUAUGCCGUGGCGAGGGCUAAUAACUUAAUAGUAGUUGGCGGAGGCGCACCAUCAAUUGGAACCAUCGGUGGCUGGUUGCAAGGAGGAGGUUAUGGACCGGCUGCUCAACAACACGGCAUCGGAGCCGAUCAACUUCUAGAGGCCGAAGUUGCGUUAGCGGAUGGAUCCAUCAUUAUCGCGAAUGCGUGUCAGAAUACCGACAUAUACACUGCCAUACGUGGCGGUGGUCCAAGCACCUAUGGCGUCGUGCUGUCGGCAACCUUCAAGGCUCAUCCCAUGACUACUGCUGCGCAGAUGGACCUCUCUUUUGGUUAUUCGCCAAAUAACAGGUCCGUAUUUCUCGACGCCGUCGCAGUGCUAUAUUCUGCCGCACCGAAUCUCCUGGACGAGGGUUUCACAGUGUCCGGCUUUUGGAGCCAGGCCAAUUCAUCGCUUGUGGGAAGUGCCCCUUCAGGUUACUCUCACCGGGCCUACGCGCUGAACAGAACGGUCGCCGAGGCACAGGCCUCAUUCGUUCCAGUGCUGGAAAAGCUCUCAGCUUUGGGAGUGAAUGUCACACACCGUUGGAGAUCGUACACAGAUUUCUGGACACUGUUCGACAACGUUUCUGGAGGCGACGAUCCAGGAUUUCCUGUCGGGGCGAUCGCCUCCAGGUUCCUCGACGGAAAGGCUUUGAAGAAUGGUACAGCCCUCCGGAAGAUGCUUGACGUCUUAGCAGGGGCGCCAGAUGAUACUACGGUUCACGGCAGUAUGUGCAUGUCUGGUGGACAGAUCUGGAAAAAUGCCGACGAUCCUUACACCGCCGUUCACCCAGCUUGGCGAACAUCGUACUGCCUGCAGCUCUCGCAACGAUCCUGGCCAGUAGAUGCUGACGAUUCGCUGAUUUCCACCAUCAAACACGAAGUCUCGACGGUCAAAGCUGCGGCAAUGACAGCACUCGCUCCUAAUACAGGUACAUACAUGAAUGAGGCCAAUCGGGAAGACCCGGAUUACAAGACGAACUUCUACGGAUCCAACUAUGGUCGGCUGUUGCAGAUCAAGAAUAGUCGCGACCCAAAGAGCGUUUUCUACUGCCCGACAUGCGUAGGGAGUGAUGAAUGGGAGGAAGACCAUGCAGGUCGUCUUUGCCGAGUACUGUAG